UAUUGUAACAAUAAUCAAAUAUUUGAAUGUACAUAUAUAAAUGUAAAUGAAAUAGUUUCAAAAUGGUCGUUAAACGUACUUACAAUAGUAAAAUAUCAUUAUGCGUUCAGCCAAGAAAAAAUAAUUCGAUUUUUUACUAUGUUUAUUGUUACAUAUUAUGUUGUGCAUUAUUUCAUAUACAAAUGUCAGAGUCCUCCGUAACUCGAACCAAUGACAUAAUAAACAAUAAAAGCAAUUCAAUAUUUGAAUUAAAUAAAACAACGACACAGUACAUUUCUAAUGAUAUUGCUGCGCAGUUCAGUUUACCAGUAGUACAUGUAAUAAGUGGUGUCAGUACGAAUGAAAGAACCGUCACAAGCAUUAUUUCAACGACAACUGCUACUUUGAAUAUGCCUAAUUCUACAUUGCAUUCGUCGAAUUCAGGCGAUAGAAGUCAACGAAAAAAUUACUUCACACAUCUGGCAUACGACAGGAAAAGAAAUAUAUUUUUUGCCGGUGCAACAAACAAAAUAUUUCAAUUAAACGAAAACCUACGUGUUUUAAAUCAAGCAGAAACUGGUCCCAGGAAUGACUCUCCGCAGUGUCAUGCUGGCGGUUGUCCUGAAGAUAUUGAAACAUCUUUAGUUAAUAAUUAUAAUAAAAUAUUAAUCGUAAAUGGUGCUGUAGAUGAUGGCAUUUUGAUUGCUUGCGGUAGCAUAAGACAGGGUGCAUGUGAUUUUUAUAAUAUUACGCAUUUUCCAUUUGAUUCACGGUUUAUUGCCGUACCUUUGGCAGCUAAUGAUGAAUACGCAACAACUUAUGCUUUCAUUGGACCGGCCCAAUAUUCAAAAUAUUCCAAAGAGGAUAUAUUAUAUGUUGGAACUACGUUUACAAAUGUUGGCGAUUACAGACAUGAUGUCCCUGCCAUAUCUUCACGUCGUUUAGAAGACUUGAAUUAUGCUGAAUUCUCAAUCCAGCAGUCAAUAAUAAAUAUUGAUGUUAAGUACCGUGAUCAUUUUUUAGUUGACUAUGUUUAUGGUUUUAAUUCAUCGGAUUAUGCCUAUUUUCUAUUAGUACAAAAAAAAUCACAUUUAGCUGAAGAAGCUGGUUAUAUAACGCGUUUAGCUCGUAUUUGUAUAACUGAUUCUAACUAUGAUAGUUACUCUGAAAUAACUAUACAGUGUCAAGCAACAGAAGAUAAUAUUGAUUAUAAUAUACUGCGUGAUGCAAAGGUUACAAAGGCUGGUCAGAAAUUAGCACAACAGAUGGGUAUUAAACGUGAUGACCACAUAUUAGUUUCAAUAUUUUCUCCAUCAAAAGAAAUUUCAAACCUUCCCGAAGCGAAGUCUGCAAUGUGCAUAUAUAGUUUAAAAGAAAUUGAAGACAUUUUUACAGAAAAUAUACAUAUGUGCUUUAAUGGAACCAUAAAAGAUCGUAAUCUAGGUUACAUAUCUGGAACUAUUAACGAUGGACGUUGUCCUAUUGCUGGUUCACUUGGCAAUAUUUACAACUUUUGUUCGGUGGGACUUAAAAUAAGUGGAGUUGCGCCAAUUACUACACAAGCAUUGUUUCAUUUCGAUAACGUUUCUGUAACAUCAGUAACAGCAACCACAACAGGACCACACUCACUUGCUUUUUUAGGUACUGAACUGGGAACAAUAAAAAAAGUCUUAUUAUCUGGCUUAAAUCCUGGUGAAUAUGAAGAAAUAAUUAUUGAUCCUGGAAAUAGUAUUCUACAAGAUACAAUGAUGUCGCCGAAUAAGGAUUUUUUGUAUGUCCUGUCCAAAAAAAAGUAUUCAACGACUGCGAAAGAUAACUCAAUUUGUGAAACAUCUAUUGAUAUCAAAUCUUAA